UUUGGAUCCUGUUCCGACUGAAAGCCGCUUCGUCUGACAGCCGGGCCAGCAAUCACGACGGGAGGAGAAAAACGCUUUUUAUUUUAACUUUGAAGUCCUUUUCCAACCCCCUACAAUCAUGGCAGCUUUCGAAGAAAUGGGCGUAAUGCCAGAGAUUGCAAAAGCUGUUGAGGAGAUGGAUUGGACACUCCCUACGGAUGUGCAGAAUGAAGCCGUGCCCCUCAUCUUAGGAGGUGGAGAUGUACUGAUGGCUGCAGAAACAGGCAGUGGCAAGACCGGAGCUUUUUGCCUGCCCAUCUUGCAGAUCGUGUGGGAGACGCUCAAGGACAUCCAGCAGGGCAAGACGUCCAAGGUCAACAAAGAAGUCUCACCCCACUGGCUUAUGAGCUUCUUUGACCGUGAUGCGGGCAUGGCAGUGACCCCUGAUGGUCUGCGGUGCCAGUCACGUGACCCCAAGGCCUGGCAGGGUGUCCGGUGCACUAAGGGGGUUGUGGGCAAGGGCAAGUACUACUACGAGGCCACUGUAUCUGAUGAAGGGCUGUGCCGUGUUGGAUGGGCAACACCUCAGGUGAGAAAGAGGGAAAGAAAGGAAGAAAUGAGUUGGAGGAAGCAUACAUAUGCAGGACAGACGAGAGCAGGCGCUUCAACCCUUCGUAGCGAGUUCAAGAAUGCCACCUUCCUCCCAGCUGUUGUACUGAAGAAUGCAGAGAUGUCUUUCAACUUUGGGGCAACAGAAUUCAAGUACCCUCCAAAGGGGGGCUUUAUGGCCAUCUGUCAGGCUCCUAAGGAUUGCACAGUAACUUCAGGUGUCAGGGGCGGAGACAAGCCACAGAAGGUGGAGAAUAACGCUCCUCAGGCCAUCAUUAUUGAGCCCUCUCGAGAGCUAGCGGAGCAGACCCUGACACAACUCAAAUUGUUCCACAAACACCUGGACAAUCCUGUGGUACGUGACUUGUUGGUGGUAGGUGGCAUUCCAGUGAAAGACCAGAUUGCAGCUCUCAACUCAGGCAUCGACAUUGUGUGUGGCACUCCCGGUCGAUUGGAGGACCUCAUCAACACAGGACAGCUCUCACUCCAGUCGUGCAAGUUUUUCGUUCUUGAUGAAGCUGAUGGUCUGCUGAAACAGGGACAUGAACGCCUUGUUAAUAACAUCCACAGUGCCAUCCCUAAGAUCACAUCUGAUGGAAAGAGGCUCCAGAUGAUUGUCUGUUCUGCAACACUGCAUUCCUUUGAGGUCAAGCGCAUGGCUGAACGCCUGAUGCACUUCCCAACGUGGGUUGACCUUAAGGGAGAAGACGCUGUUCCUGAGACUGUCCACCAUGUUGUUGUUACGGUUGACCCGCGUGCUGACACCACCUGGAGUACCUUGCGACGCCAUAUCCCUACAGAUGGAGUACACCAGAAGGACAAUGUCCGGCCAGGAAACAAUACGCCCGAAACCCUGAGUGAAGCUGUGAAGAUGCUGAAAGGAGAGUACUGUCUCAAAGCCAUUGACACCCACAAGAUGGACAAAGCGCUGAUCUUCUGCCGUACAAAGCUUGACUGUGAUAACCUAGAGCGCUAUUUCAAUCAGAUUGGUGGAGGACCCAAGAAUCCUGCCAAUCCCUACUCCUGUGUAUGCCUCCAUGGUGAUCGUAAACCCAACGAACGUAAAGCUAAUCUUGAAACCUUCAAGAAUGGGCGAGUCAGGUUCCUCAUUUGCACUGAUGUUGCUGCCCGUGGAAUUGAUGUCAACGGCUUGCCCUUCAUUAUCAAUGUGACUCUGCCAGAUGAGAAGAGCAACUACGUGCAUCGUAUUGGCCGUGUGGGUCGAGCAGAGAGGAUGGGUCUGGCCAUCUCCAUUGUUGCAGCUGUGCCAGAGAAAGUGUGGUACCAUGGUGAAUGGUGUCCAACAAGAGGACGUAACUGUUACAACACUCGCUUGACGACAGAAAAAGGCUGUUGUACAUGGUAUAAUGAACCCCAGUACUUGGCUGACAUUGAGGAACACCUGGGAGUAACCAUUCAGCAGGUGGACAAGGAGAUGAAGGUCCCUGUGGAUGAAUUUGACGGGAAGGUUGUCUAUGGUGAGAAGAGGGCAGCUGCAGGUUCAAACUACCAGACCCAUGUGGAACAGCUUGCACCUGCUGUCAAGGAACUAGCAGACCUUGAGAGACAAACACAGACCAUCUACCUGAAACGGCAGUAUGGAAAGGAGUAUCCCUGGACUCGAUAAGGCCGAUUAUAGCAGUAUAAAAAUUUUUUCUCUUGUAAGUUUGUAUUGCGAUUAUAACUAAAUGGAAAGCAACUGCUCAAUGUUUGAUAUUACAAAUAUAUCACUCCCAUUUAACUUUCAUGUUGUUAGUAUUGCAAUGACAUGUUGUUUGGUAGCUAAUCAAUUAAUAGAUACUUGUGAGCUGCUAUCAUUGUGGUUUUGUUUAAUACUUUUGGUUUUCAGUUCGUGAGGCAUUAUCACGAUGGUUUGGUUUUUCAUUAUUUUUUAAAAUCCUUUCAUGAUUGUAUGCUCUGUAACCCAAGCUAAGGUGUCAUUUUGUGAAUUACGACAUACUUAGACUAUAGAGAUCAAACUCAUAUUUGAAGUUAAGACAAGCUAAAUGUGAAAGGUACUGUGGAACAAAUUGUAAUGGAGUGAAAUUGUAUUUGAUGUAUCUCGCAUGUUUUGGCUGUGCCAUCUUCCUGCUUCUCCUUUGUGAUUGGGGCACAAGUGUGUCAUUUGCCAAUCAUGGUUGGCAGUUAAAAUAAAUAAUGAUGCAAGAAA